GUUGUACUCACUCACUAGCCCUCUCUUUCUCCAACAGAGCCUCUCUGUGCUGAAAACAUGAAGAUUAUAGCUGCUGCUGUGCUGUUAGCGAUGGUGGGACAGGGGUUCACGAAUCCUCUUCCGGAAACCGAGAAGUUUUUAUUAGCAGAGAAUUAUCUCAGGCGGUACUACGGCUUGCAACCCGGUCUGUUGGGAAAAACCAAAUCUUCAGACGUGAUGACAGAGAAGAUCCGCACCAUGCAGACGUUCUUCAAGCUGGAGGUGACUGGGAAGCUGGACGACGACACGCUGGAGAUUAUGAAGAAGUCCAGAUGUGGUGUGCCUGAAGUAGCCGAGUAUAAUCUCUUCCCCAGGAAGCUCAAAUGGCCUAACACGCUUGUGACAUUCAGGAUAACAAACUACACUCCUGAUCUAAAGAAGGAGGAUGUGGAUCGAGCGAUUCAUAAUGCCCUGAAGGUCUGGAGCAAUGUAACUCCUCUGAAGUUCAAGAGGCUGCAUGAAGGAAUCGCUGACAUCAUGAUCAGCUUCGGGAGACUAGAACACGGAGAUCGCAACCCGUUUGACGGCCCUAAUGGACUCCUCGCCCACGCUUACCCACCGGGAGCAGGCAUCGGCGGAGACACUCACUUCGAUGAAGAUGAAACAUGGACGAAAGACUCAAACACCUAUAACCUGUUUUUAGUUGCGGCUCACGAAUUCGGUCACGCUCUCGGCAUGGCUCAUUCUAAUGAUCCUGGCGCAUUGAUGUACCCGGUUUACUCGUACGCCAGUGGGUUUCCUCUGUCUGAAGAUGACAUCAAAGGCAUACAAGAACUCUAUGGCCCGAACCCGGAUCACGAGAAAUUCAAACCUAAACCCGAUGCUCCAGAGAAAUGCGACCCUGAGUUAAGCAUAGAUGCCAUAACGGAGCUUCGUGGAGAGACGCUCAUUUUCAAAGACAGAUAUUUCUGGCGUGUGCACCCACAGUUCACUGAACCUCAGCUCUCGCUUAUUAAAUCCACAUGGCCUGAACUCCCAAAGAAAGUAAAUGCGGCUUAUGAGAACUCAGAGAAAGACAUCGUCAUCGUAUUCAGUGGUAUCAGAAUGUGGGCAUUUAAUGGUUACACCCUGGUGCCAGGCUACCCAAAAUACAUCCACAAACUGGGACUCCCUAAAUCCAUUCGCAAAAUAGAUGCUGCAGUUCACAUCCGUGACACGGGCAAGACUCUGUUCUUCACUGACGAAGACUACUGGAGUUACGAUGAAGCGACUAGCACCAUGGAUCAAGGAUACCCCAAGUCCAUAAAAGACGGCUUUCCUGGGAUGCGCGAGAGAGAUGGGGACGAGGUGGACGAAGUGGAUGCUGCCAACUACAUAAACGGCUACUUGUACUUGUACCAUGACAACCUUCAGUAUGAGUACAGUUACGAGAGACGGAAAGUCGUACGCAUCAUGAGAGCCAACGAACUGCUCAACUGCUGAGCUCUUAUUGUACGCAGGUCUCAAAACCUUUUCUUUAUCACUUACUUUUUAAAACACACUCUAUUAUUUUAUUUUAUUUUAUUUAUGAAUUUCUAUCUACUGAGCUGGUUCAGUGAAAAAAAGCAAGAGUUCUGAUUAUUUAUGCAUGUAUUUAUAGUUUGGUGAAAUUGUACAUAAGGAUAGUGUUCAUAAGGCUACAUAAUACCUAUCUAAUGCCUGCAGUAAGUUCUCAUAAAGUUUCACUUGUGUUAUGUGCGUGUUGCCAAUUUGUCAUCGUAAUUGACAAAAGAGGUACAGCAAUUGACAUAACUCUAAGUAUAUUUUAUGCCCAAUUAGGAGCUUAUUCCAGUGCCAUAAGGUGUCAUAAAGACGUCAUUUGUCAGUUUAGAUGUCAACUAACUUAACUUGAUCUGAUAAUUAACAAAGGAAACAUGACAUUUCUCAUAUCUGUAUAGAUCUUAUUCUUAUCCUAUUAGGGGCUUAUGCCAUAAAGUCCUCUUUUGUCACUCAUAAUGUCAUUCAAGUCAUGUUUUAUGGCAAUCAAUAUAAACCUACAUAGAUCUUACUGCAUAUAAGGACUUAUUCCAGCAGCUGUGUGGUAUUAUAAAACAUUUUUGGAAAUUUCCAUUAUCCAGAGCGACAUACAAUUUAUUUCAUUUUUUACAACUGAGCAAUUGCAGGUUAAGGGCCUUGAUCAGGGGCCCAGUGGUGGCAGCUUGGUGGACGUGGGGUGUCAAUUUGACACCAAAAGUAACGUAAACAAAACAGUUACAAAUAGUUAUUAAGGUGUCACUGAGCCUUCUGAACGCUAUCUUUAAGUAUAGUUUGACAUAAAGUUUCAUGAGUCUGGAACCAUGUGGAUAAUUCAAAUCUGACAUUGUUUUGUGUUGACUCACGGACAGCAAACAUUCAACGCAUUGUUUUUGAGUACAUUAUAAAACGUAAAAAUAAAUCAAUUCUUACAU